AUGAAUUGGCUUUAUUGCUCACUCUUGUCUGUGCUUUGCACUGGGAUACUGCUGAGCUAUUGCAGUGAAACGGUCAAAGGCGCUGUAAAUAGCCAAGAUUUAUUCACAUUCGAUUUGUCUAACCUAAAGCAAUCAAAAGCAUAUAAAUUACAACACAACCUCAACUUCUCAACAACUACUUCGGUCCUAGAGCCCGUUGAAGGGAAAAAAUUGACAAAAUUAGUCGACGGUCACGAAAAUGUAGCCACCUUUUUAAAUGAUCAAUUAGUCACAAAAGUAGUAUUCUCGCCGAGUGUAAACCCGUCUCUUCUUUCAGUAACAUACAUAAAAGGCAGUGCGCUCUACACGAGGAGGUUCAGGAAGAUGUUCGGUUGGAACGAGAUAACGGUGGACGACUACAACUACCUGAUGUUCGAGCUGUCGAGAACGCAGGCGGAAGUGACGAUGGACGUGCAAAACCUGGACCUAAGAAAGUUCACAGUGAGACGCGAAAAAUACAGCAAGUACGAGCUGUUAAACGUGACGGUGCCGAAGGCGUACAACGUUACGAGAGUGAUGAACGGACACCAGCUGGUGUGGGAGUCGAACAACGAGGAAAAGCUUAACUCGGCAUUCGUGUCGACAGACUCCACGCCAGCAAUGCUGUGCAUUUCAGUGUCAACAGGGAACGUGAUGAGGCUUAGAACAUACACGAACUUCAACGGAGUGUUUAACGAAGUGAACAUGUCGGAAUUCAGAUUCGUACUGCAAAGUUUCAUGGCGAAAAUGUCGAAGGACGCAGAAGACGGGGCAGCAGACUCUAAAGAUGGGCCUGCGGAAAAAACACUCGAUUUAACGGACUUGGACGUGUCGGAAAUACAAAAGAAAGUAAACAGGGUAAUGGUGGACGGAUAUGAGUUGUGGGCAUCAACAGGCACAUCAAGAUGCCUAAACGUGGCCUACACAGUGGAAAGUGAGCCUAGAUUGUAUAACGUGCUGGUGUCGGAAGAGACCGAAGGAAAAACCAAGGACAGGUUCCUCUACUUCAUGAGAGAAAACGGAACUUUCUACUCACUUCCGGAAGUGGAGUACCAGAAGAAGGUGGCAGAGUUGGCACAGAAGGGAAGAACAGUGAUGACCAGGCCAGUGGUGGGAGCGAGUGAAGUUUUUGACCUGGACCUUCUGGCGAAGAAGCUGGGCAAGGAGGACCUCAGAACACUGAAAUUCACGCCAACCUACGGAACGAGAGUGUCCACAGUGGUCUCUGGGAAGGACCUGGUGUGGGUGGGCUCCAGCCGCGAGAAGCUGGAUCACCUCUACUUCUUCAAAACGGGAAACACGAACCUGGUGCAGCUGGUGGUGACUGACGCGAACAACAGCCCGUCAACAAAGUUCUUCAUGUACGAGGAGCACUCGGAGGAAGAAUGGGCAGGUGAGAAGACUGCGGCAGUCGACAGCAGCAAGGUUGACAGCGCGACCUACACCAAGGUUGGUGGAAAGCCCCAAUACAGAACAUACACGAAGAACGAGGCGAAAUCGGAGUCAAUGGCCCUUAGAACAAAGCCAGGAGCGCCGGCACCAGGCCCCGCAACUGAGAAAGUUCUCAGUGCCUACAAGUGGCUGUGGGUCUCAAGUCCACUGUUUUACAGCAACGUGGCACACGUGCAGCUGGUGAAGAACUACGUGUCAGUUGACGUGGAGGGAAAACUUAAUCGGGGAGUGCUCUACCACAAAAAGGGCUCAGUGGGCAGAGUCUUCGUGCGCACGUACACGACAUACCCUUCGAACUCAGUGACGUCACUGUUCGACAGUGAAAAGUGUAUGUGGACGGCCUCAGAAAACGAGGAGGCGCUGAGCGUGUGCCUGUUUGAGCCGAGAGAGGCAGACCCGAAGCACGAAGUUAAGGGAGAACGCGGCCAGCCGCUGGAAGGGGAGCUGAAGAAGCUGGCGGAGUUGUACGUCAAGGUGGGCGACAAGGUCAGGAGAGUGUUCCUGGCCAGCGACGGAAAAAGGUGGGAGAAGGUGGAUGAAGAGGACUUCAAGUUGAUGUACAACAAACUUUAA